AUAUACGAAUCUCCGUUUUGUCCAUCCUCCAAUCUCUGUUUCACACUCGCAGUGAGAAAACAAAGAGAGCAAAAAUGGAGGAAGAGAAGAAAGAAAAAGAAGAAAGCAAGCAAGAGAAGAAGAUUAAUUACUGGAAAUGGAUGAUAUUAUCGGCGAUACUACGCCUUUUUCUCGUUUACUUCUCUCGAAAUCUCAACUUAUCAUCUCGUCCGGAACUCUCCACUCCGCUCACCAGUCUCCGUCGCCUGGCGGAAGGUUACUGGUUAAAGCAGUUAUCGAUGUCUCCUUAUACAGGAUCUAUGUAUCACGGUUCUCCGUUGUUGCUCUCUGUCCUCGGUCCACUCUAUGUUACAAGAAUAGAAGGGCAACCUAAUCAUGUAUUAUGCAGUUUGCUUUUUGUUAUUGCAGAUAUGGUCAGUGCAAUGCUUAUUCGUGCUACUGGUCGGAAAUUACAGGCAGCAUAUAGACAUAGCUUGGAAUCACUUGAGAUUGAUAAUUUUCUAGAAAACUCAGAAAUACUUCCUUCAGGAGAUAUUGCUGCUUUAGUGUAUUUGUGGAAUCCAUUCACAAUAGUCGCAUGUGUGGGCUUGUCAACAUCCCCGGUGGAAAACUUGUUUAUCAUAUUGACACUUUAUGGAGCCUGUGCGCGACUAGUUCCUCUGGCAGCAUUUGGAUGGGUUAUGGCAACACAUUUAUCACUUUAUCCAGCAAUCCUAAUUAUCCCUGUGAUUCUUUUGUUGGGACGUGGUCUGGAUUCGCCCCCUCCAAAGUUGUUCCAGCAGAAAGAACGUUGUAAAAUCAAUGAUAACUUCUCUGGUGGUUUACCUCACGAACAUGAAGAAAAGAUGAAUAAACCAAAGCCACAAAUUAGUUUUUCGUGGAGAUUAGUCACGCUUUUCUUGCUUUGGGCUUCUUUGUGGUCUGUUUAUGUGUUAGUUUUAUGCAGCAUGUCUCUCAAGAAGUAUAGUAAUCUAUGGGAGAUGUUCCAAAGAACAUAUGGGUUUAUUCUUGCAGUGGAAGAUAUGUCACCAAAUAUAGGGGUUUUAUGGUACUUCUUUGCUGAAGUUUUCGACUUCUUCAGAAAUUUCUUUUUGAUAGUAUUCCAAAUGAAUAUUUUAUUUGUGAUUCUGCCAUUAGCCAUACGGCUGAAACACCGGCCCUGCUUCUUGGCUUUUGCCUACAUUGCAAUCUCGUCAAUGCUUAAAUCAUAUCCAUCAGUUGGAGAUUCAGCACUGUACUUGGGUCUGUUGGGAUUGUUUCUUGAUGAACUGGCAGAUAUGCAGUUUUCUUUCUUCAUCUUCUGUGGUUAUGUUGGGGUUUCCCUCCUCAGUCCUGUGAUGCACAACCUAUGGAUUUGGAGGGGCACCGGCAAUGCAAAUUUCUACUUUGCUACUGCAAUUGCUUAUGCUUGCUUGCAGAUUAUUUUGGUGGUUGAGAGCAUAAGUGCAGUGCUUAACCAUGAUAGGAAUCUAACAAAGCUAACUGCCAAAAAUCUUCAAGAGGGAAAAUCUUAGGCUCUUAUUCUCUUAUGAGACAUACUUCUCUCGGCCGAUAAAAGAGCGAGUCCAAGAACUAUGUUGGUAAGGAGCUUUUCUUCCUUCAUCAUAUUGCACAUAAUCUGCGGAGGGACUUGGUUUAAUUAAUGGAAUACUAACACGUUGCGCUGAAUUGCAUAUACUAGAAGUUAGUUGCAUUCGUCUCGGGAUGCAUUCCAUAUGAUAUUUUGCUCCGAACGCAAUUCUAUCUGUUGUAAUACCAAAAGAGAUUUCUCAAAUACACACAUGCAAUUUCUAAAUGAUGAGUAGUAAUGUAUUGCUGGUUUUUCUGUUCUAACUUCAGACCGACAAAGAGGAUAAAUUCUUUAUUUGACGUGAUUGGUUUUAAUGAACUAGUUCUGACA